AUGGCAAAUAUAACCACCAAAAUAAACUUCUCAAUAAAAUUAAACAAUACUAACAUCCACACAUGCUUACAAAAAAAUAACCAAACAAAUAUAUGUCUUAUAUGCUAUUAUUAUAUACAAAAUAAUAUAAACAAUUUACAUUAUUAUAAUAAAAUUUUUUCAGAAUUUUACAACAAUACCAAUAUAUAUAAUUAUAAUUUUCAUAUACAUAAUGAGUGUUUAAAAAAUAUACUUCAUUUAUAUAUUUCACUUACAUAUUUAUAUAAUAUAAUGAAAAAUGGUGAUUUAUUAAAUGGGGUUAUAGCUAAUUCGUUAGAUCAUGUGAAAAUAAAAAAAGCCGAAAUAUUACCUGCACAAGCAAGGAAAAAAAAAGACAUUAUUGCCUUCGCUUUAAUCGGAUUUUUAAGUGGUAAUAAAAGUGUUCAUAAAAAUGAAGAAAAUAAGGAAAACAAUAAUGACAAAAAUAAAGAUAAAAAUGAAACUUUUUCUAACAAUGGUGGGGAAAGUAAGAGAUCCGGAACAGGGGAUGGAAAUGGGGACGAAGAAAAUGAGGAUGGAAGUGAAAACGAUGAAAACGCAAAUGAUGCUGACAAUUCGAGCGAUACAGAGGAAGAGGAAGAUGAAGAGAAGAAGCAAAAUAAGCAAAAGAAAAUGGAAAGCUCAAUUGGUGAUCAAAAUGUAAAGAAUGGAAUUUCUAAAAGCAAAACAAGAGGAGUACAAAAUAAAAAAAAAAAAAAAAAAAAAAAAAGAUGA